GUCUAAGCCUAUUCACUCCACAAUCUUUUGUUGCUCUUCUCUUUUUCCAUUUGAUUCUCGGACUCGUACAAAGAGUUUUGAGCAAAGCUUAAGCAAACAGUAUCUUGUCUUCUGUUUCAAAAACAGGAGAUAAUGUCUUGUAAUAAUGAAAUGUCUUUCUUCCCUUCAAAUUUCAUGAUCCAAACCUCUUACGAAAACGAUCAUCCUAAACAAUCUCCAUCUUUUGCACCACUCCUUCCCUCUUGCUCCAUGCCUCAAGAUCUCCAUGGAUUUGCUUCGUUUAUAGGUAAGCAAACAUUAGAAGAGGAUUAUUCAGAUGAUGGGUCUCAGAUGGGAGAAAAGAAGAGAAGAUUGAACAUGGAGCAAGUGAAAGCACUGGAGAAGACUUUCGAGCUUGGAAGCAAACUUGAACCAGAGAGGAAAAUGCAACUGGCUCGUGCCUUAGGUUUACAGCCUAGACAGAUCGCGAUUUGGUUUCAGAACAGAAGAGCUCGCGGGAAAACAAAGCAGCUCGAGAAAGAUUAUGAUACUCUUAAACGACAAUUCGAUGCCCUUAGAGCUGAAAACGAUAUUCUUCAAACUCACAAUCAGAAACUCCAAACUGAGAUAAUGGAAUUAAAAAAUAGAGAACAGACCAAAUCUAUAAAUCUGAACAAAGAAACAGAAGGGUCUUGCAGUAACAGAAGCGACAAUAGCUCCGAUAAUCACAGACUUGAUAUCUCGACGGCGCCUCCAUCACUAGAAAGCACAAUAACCGCUGGCCACCCACCGCCAACGCAAACUGUUGGUCGACACUUCUUCCCGCCGUCGCCAGCCACCACAACGAGGAUGCAAUUCUUACAAAACUCGUCAUCAGGACAGUGUAUGGUUAAAGAAGAGAACAGUAUCAGUAACAUGUUAUGUGCAAUGGAUGACCAUUCUGGUUUUUGGCCAUGGCUUGAUCAGCAACAGUACAAUUGAAAUUGGUCGACCUGUUUUUAAAAAAGUAUAUAUACUACUAUUGUUUUUGUUUUUAAUUUUGAUCAUAAAGAACAACCCAUGCAUGCAUGUUUCAGUAUAAGAAUCUAUCAUUAGUUCACUUCGAAAUUUGCAACCAGACGCCCCCGAGAUUUUUUUUUUAUUUUUUGUUUUGAGUAAUGAAAUGUAAAAAGAUGGGUAAAAGUUGUAAAAGUAUAUAUAUCAUCAUGGCACAACCAUUUUCAGG